AUGAGUAGACCUAACCAGCCAACCAAGCAAUUAUUUGUGAGACCCAUCAGGUAUGAAACCACUCCAGAGGAGUUGGAAAGCCAUUUCGCACAAGCAGCUCCCGUGAUUGGCUCGCGUUUGAUGGAAGGGUAUGCCUUUGUUUCCUUUGAAAAUGAAGAGGAUGCUACACUUGCCUUGGAAAAGUUCAUCGAUACCGACUUCAAUGGCGACAUUUUGCAAAUCGAAUACGCCAAGGAGAGAAAGGAAGACACCAGAGGCAAGUUUAGAAUGAAGCUUUUGGGUUUGCCUGAAGGCACUGCAUGGCAAGAUGUAAAGGAUUUUGUCAGAGACAAGACCGACUUCCAACCAAGUUUUGUUAAAGUGUUUAGAGACUACGAUAAUGGCGAAACCAUCUGCAACAUGGAGUUUCAGAGCGGCGAGGAGUUGGAGAAGGCUAUUCCGUUGUUGGACAAGGCCGAGUAUAAUGAAGUGACCGUCAGUGCCGAAGAAGACACUUCACCUUAUGUCCCGCCUCCAAGAAGAGGAGGAUUUAGAGGCCGUGGCGGAUACGAUGGCGGCUUCAGAGGCGGCAGAGGCGGAUUCGGAGACAGAGGUGGAUUCAGAGGCGGAAGAGGCGGCGGAUUUGGAGAUAGAGGUGGCUUCAGAGGCGGAUUCAGAGGCGGCAGAGGAGGAUUUGGCGACAGGGAUGGUGGCUUCAGAGGCGGAUUCAGAGGUGGCAGAGGAGGAUUCGGCGACAGGGAUGGUGGCUUCAGAGGUGGAAGAGGCGGCGGCCCCGGAGGCUAUGGCGACAGAGAUGGUGGGUUCAGAGGCGGAAGAGGCGGAUACGACCGUGGUAACAGUUACAACGAAAGACAAGGAUCAUACAACCGUGAAAGAUCACCAAACCGUUUCUAA